AUGACAACCCCAUCGUCCAACUGGCGACCAAAAGCCAUUAUAUUCGACCUCCUUACCGCCUUGCUGGAUUCUUGGGCUCUGUGGGACGCGUCUAUCACUUCCACGGGCGCAGAAGAAGCUCAAAUCUGGCGCAAACGGUACUUGGAACUGACCUUUGGUACCGGCGCCUACGUCCCGUAUGAGCAGCUCGUCCACAAAGCCGCACAGGAUGUCGGCUUGGCUGAGUCGGCUCCUCGAACGUUACUGGAAAAUUGGGGCAAACUGCAACCAUGGCCUGAAGUUGUGCAAGUCUUGGAGCAAUUGAGACUUCAGGGUUAUAGACUCGGCGUGGUCACCAAUUGUUCGCAACGUCUAGGAACUAUUGCGGCAGGCAUAGCUGGGAAUUUCGAUGCAGUAGUCACUGCAGAGGAGAGUGGCUUUUAUAAGCCUUCCAAACAAGCUUAUCAGGCUAUCCUAACAGCUAUGGGAGUUCAGGCCCAAGACGUAUUGUUUGUUGCAGGCAGUCCAGGAGAUGUUGAAGGCGCAACAAAUGCUAGCAUGAAAGUGGUAUGGCAUAACAAGAUUGGACUACCUCGAAAGGGUCAAUCAGUUCCACUUCGGGAGGCUACGAGCCUAGAUGAUGCUUUGCUAGGCUUUAUGUGA